AUGCCUUCUCGUGUACAAGAUAUUCGCUCGGAUAAAUCAAUGACUAUCAUCCCCGCGGAUGUAUCCGAAACGAUGACUCACAGACUUCUCUCUUUACAAGAUUCGACAGAAUCUUCAGCUGGUCUGCCUUCUGGGAUCCAAAGUCUUGAUCUUGACAAUGAAAAACCUGAUGGACACACCAGCAAUGAUCCAGGAGACCUGAUUCCAAUGCCAUUUUGGGACAUUAGCCAGGAUGUGCCCGCAAGUUCUGUCCUUGAGAGCUGGACAGAAGAAGACCGGCUGAAGUUUGGAAUUCACGAGGGCAUGGACGUAAACCACGGCCUUCCGCCUUUCGACGAGAAUGUUCGUGAAUAUCACACAGCAAAAACAGCAUCUAGUAAGAGAAAGUCUGAUGAUGGUAUCCAUGACUCUACCGAGAGCUACGGCGGCAUAAACGUUACAUUUGGUCUUCCUCCAUGGAUUGAAACUAAGUUCAGCGAGACAGGAGAAACGUCGGAAAAGAACAGCAAUCAGUACCAUUUUGGCGCACCAUUCAUCCAAGUUUCUAGCCUUUCUCCAACUCCACCCCGCAAAGAUACGGAUUGCAAGGCUUUGCGGUCUGUCUCGUUGAGUGCUGUUGGUACCCCCACGGUGGCGGAAUCCCGCACUCUGCCUCUUGCGGAGACCAAAGAUACUGCAGCAACUGGGAACACUGACAUCGAACCCCCCCUGCUCUCGCAAGAUUCCUAG